AUGAGCCUCCACAAUUGCACCGCCGAUAUCGAAGCCAACUACAAGCCUAUUGGUGACGCCGACCCCGCGACGGCCAUCGCACCCGGUGGCGCCGUCCCACUCAGAUCACCGACAGCCAUCACCUUUUACCGGCUCACGAUCCUCGCCAGCUUCUUUCAGACGAUUGCUGCACCGCUCAAUACGUCCAUUUUUGCCUUGUACCUGCACGGCGCGCCACCCACCGUCGCGCAACUAACGUCACUGCAAGCCAUUGCAUGGUCGCUGCGCGUGGCUUGUGCCAUGUGCUCAGAUACCAUCAAACUCGGCGGCUACCGGCGCAAGCUCUGGCUGCUAAUGGGGUGGAUCAUCACGACUACAAGUGUCGCUGUGAUGGCGUUCUCGGACUUUGGCCCGCCGUACUGUGAUCCCAAUGUCAAUCCCGGGUGCAUGCGCACAGCGCCCACCAACGCGAAAAGCCAGAUCUACGACUUGUCGGCGCCCAGUCGCGUGCGCUGGUACCGUGUUCCCACGUUCUUUUCGGCGGUCGGCAUGGUCAUGGUGCAAACGACGCUCGACGGCGCCAUGGUCGAGAUCGCCCACCGGGAGCCGGUCGAUAUUCGCGGCCAAUUCCAGACGGUCGCUGUACUCGUUAGCGGUAUCGGUGCGGUGCUGACUCGUGUUUUGCUGCAGUUUGGCUUCAACGAAAAGCGCUACGGCGGCAAUUACGACUACUCGGCGGGGCCUCACGUUGCAUACGGCAUUCUCUUUGGUCUUGGUCUCCUGGGUUGUGUCGCGACGGCCUUGCGCUUCGAAGACACGCUCAGCCCAAUCGAAGAGUGUUUCAACUGGUGGCGCCAACUCUGGUCACUGCUACAAACGCGCGCAGUCUACCAGCUCCUAUCGUUUCGCUUGCUCACGAGCGUCUUUCAGAGCACGUCGGGACCGUCGGUGAUGAAUUGGGUCACCAACCUCGAUUUUGUGUGGACCAAUGUCGUUCAGCGCGUUCCAUUUACCCCGACGUUGAUUGUCAUCUUCUUCAAGGGCAUGGGCUGGAACUGGCGCAAGGUCGUCUUCAUCACGACCCUCGGCAGCAUCGUCGUCACGGCGAUCCCGGUCCUCUGUGUCACGUGGAAUGUCUGCCGCAACGCGUACUUUUACGUCCUCAUCCUUUGGCUCUCCUUUGUGGGGAACUGA